AUGUCAGCGUAUUCUCCACUUUUCAAUACUCCUCAAGAUCGAAAACUAUUCAUAAUCAUGAGAAUUUCGGUGUAUUCUUGCCUAUGUUUCACAGCGAUUUUAUUCCUCACAUUUUUCUUCUUCGAUUAUUCCUCAAUCCCUCAAAAAUUGCUGGCCCCACCAAUAAAAUCUGAUUUGGUUUAUCGAGGAGAAUUGAGUUCGAUGGAUGGAAUUGGAUAUGAUUUCAAGACUAUUGAUGUAUCACCAUUUCCGAAGUUUUAUGAAUUGGAGAAUUUACCGAAAUGUGAUUUGUCAAUGGAUAAAUCGAAGCCAAAUACAUCACCGAAGAAAUUAUUGAAAGGGUUUCAUGGAUGUGUUGAUCCGAUCUUCAAAAAUCACCUGAAUCCAUUGAAUGCCACGGAAUUUUCGUAUCAAAUUUGCGAGGCUCUUGAAAAAUGCGAUGAUAUUGCUGAAUUCAAGGAUCUGACUAUUGAGGAGUUCAAAAAUGAUCAUGAGAUUAAAUGGGGCAUUUUGCCGAAUUGUGUGAGUUAUAUUUUUUUUUGAUUUUGGGAACUUACAGAAUUUGAUUGAGAAAUCUGAAAAUUCCGAAAUUCUGCACAAAUUUUUUAUAAAAAUGGUGAUGAAAAUCUGGAUUUUUGAAAUCGCUUCUAGAAAUCAGAAGUCAUUAAUUUUAAGUUUUUAGAUUAAAAAGGGAAAAAUAAUUCACAGAUUUUUUAAUGACCUUUGUGUUUUCAACGAGAAAAAAGCGAUUAGAUCUAGACAUCUAAUUGAAUUAUCAAGAAAUGGACUUGAAAUAGGUCAUGCUUAAAACAGCGUGAUUUAAUUAGUGUUGUAAUGAACGCGAUUCAGAUAUUUGAAAAAAAGAUUUUCAGAAAGAAGACAAUGUGAUGGUAACUUUGGGAAUCGGUCAUGAUGUGAAAGCUGAAGUUUUGCUCUACCGAACUCUCCCAAAAACCAAAUUCUAUGGAGCUGAUCCAAUAAUCGAGCCAAAUCUUCAACUAUACUCUAGUUUCGGUAAAUUCUUCCCGUUUGCUCUUGGCGAUAAAGCAGGGAUGAAUAGAUUUAAAGUUUUACCAAAUCAAAAUCAGAAAACAAGAACUUACACAUAUCAAGAUGUGACUACAAUUGAUUUACCGUAUUUUUUCAAAAAUAUUCUGAACUUGACGCAAAUCGAUUUUCUCUGGUUUGAUAUUGAGGGAGGUGAAUUGACGUUUUUGGAUCAUUUGCAUAAAGGAAAACAGUUGGAUCAGGCUGGAAUCACGAUCUGUCAAUUUAACAUUGAGGUGAAUUUUUUUGUGCUUCUGAAUUCAAAAAAAAAAUUUACAGCUUCACCCAGCAUUUUUCGACAACGGUUAUCAAGUUGUGUACGAUUUUCUGAAUCAAAUUCUCAAGGAAAAUCGAUUUAUAUUCCUGAAACCGAUGGAAACUGGAAAGGGUGUUUAUCGAUUAUUUUUCAUCAAUGUAGAAGAUCAAAAAUGUGUCAGGAAAUAUUUGCAAUAA